AUGACCCUGCGGGGCACGGGGUGCGGCGGAGGUGAAGCGGGGGCCCUCGCUCCCGCGCCGCCCGCACAGCCUCCCGACCCGCGGACCGAGUGGGGGGGUGGGGGGCGGCGCUGCGGGGGACGGCCCGCGGGGACCUCCCGCUCCCGCUCCCGCAGUGGUGGAGACCCGGCCCCCCCGGCGCCGGCUGCCUCCCUUCCCCACGCCCCACCUGAGCGGGCCCGUCCUCGGAGCCGGGACCCCCAGGCAGAGACGUCUCCCCGCGCGCUGGAAGGCUCGGGCCUCGUCGCGGGGUCCGGCGGCGGGGAGACCCCGGCAAGCAGAGCGCCCUGCGGCCCGGCGCCGCGCGCUGGGGGCGGCGAGUGUGGAACAAUACAGGCCAGCCUGGCUCCUCCUCAGAGACCACCCCCCAACCUGUCCCCUCCCACUUCCCCGGCCGGCGCCCCAGCCCCCACCCCGCUGCCCCACCCCGGCACCGGGCGCUCCGGACCCUCCUCGGCGCGCGGGCACAGCGCCCUCCCCGGGGACGCCGGGGACCCGCGCACGUGCGGCUGUCCCCGCUGCCCCGUGCGGCGACCGAAGGCCGGGACGAGGCGGGGGAGGUGGACGCAGGGUCCGGUGGGGUGA